UGAACAAAUGGUACUUAUUUGACACAUCCAUUGUGAAAUACCAAAUAACCUCCGUGUUGAUCGAAAAUAUUGUUUCUAAGUACUGCAUCUCGUUUAGCUGUUCUGUGUUCCGGAGAAAAAUAUUUACAUCAUGGAAAAGAGGAAGCACGAAUCAAACAAAUUAAAAGAAUAUGAAUCCAUCAUUAGCUCUCAGAAAGAACACAUUAAUCGCUAUGAAAAUCGGCUAAAGGAUAUUAUCGUGGCGUAUAAAGGUAUUGCCAAAGAAAAAGUAGCAUUAGAAGAAACCUUAAAAGCACUUCAAAAAGUAAAUGAUGGCAAGGAGGCUAUCUUGGAUAAUGGACUUCAUGAAUCUUCUGAGGCAGUUUUAGCAUCUGGAUCGGUUGAAGGACAACUACAAACACUAAUGAACAAUCUCACCAUUAUCACAGCAGAACGCAACCGGAUCGAGGAAGUGUCAAAAUAUGAAAGAAAUCAACUUCGCCAAAAACUGGAAAACAAGGAUUCCAUUAUAGAAGAACUGUCGCGACGUAUUAAAGAUUUCGAAUCCCAAUCUCAAUUCGAGAUGAGCAGUUUCAAUCCCAAUACGCUUGUAGACUACGGACCGAGGAUUGGACCGUCUGAAGAUCAAUCUGUGAAAAUACGGGAGUUGAAGAAAUUACUAGAUGACGAGCGUAAUCUAAACGAGCAAUUAGAGCUACAACUUGGAAAUUUGAAGACUCAGUUUAUGGUUAUUGCUCCGGACCGACAGACCGUUUCAAAAAAACUUGUUGAUGCAAAGAAAACAAAAUCAACAGACUGCGAUUCAAAAGGAUAUAAUAAUAGUUCAAUCAACUUAAAAGAAUCUUUGCGUGAGUUGCAAGAUGAAAUGAACCAUCUAAAGAAACAGUAUGCAAUUGCUGUAGCAGAAGAAAAGCAACGUGUCCGUCUGGCAGAAGAAAACAGCAAACGUUUGAGAGAAAUACACGAGGAGCGUGUAGCUAACUUUGAAUCCCGCAUCAAAGAACUUAGUGAAAUGGUAGGUAGAUACGAUCGUAUAAAAGAGCAGGAUAAAGUAUACAUUUUGCAAUUAAAAACUGCAAUUGCGAACUUAAAAACAAAGCGAGUGGAAGAAAACAAUGAUUCACCUCAAUACGAUCGGGAAUCCAUAGAGGACGGUUAUGGUGCAGGACACUUAUUGCUAGAAAAUCAUUCCAUAGGAGGUAUUACAGAGAGGAAAGAGGAUUUUAGUUUUUUAUCUGAGAUAGCAUCACAAGAUCAACAUGCAGAUGAAAAGAACGAAUUAAAAAUGUAUAAACGGCGUUACGAGCAAGCACUGGAUGAAAAUCAACGACUGAAAAAAGAUCUUCUUUUGUGUCAAGAAAAUGUUUCGCAACUAAAACAAAAAAUUGAUGUUCAAAAACAAUCAACAGCUCAGCUAGAAUUCGAUUUACAACAAAAAAUAACAGAUCAACAGAUAGCUCUUAAAAAUGAUUCCGUCAAACAUACCGAAGUGUUGAUAGCAUUGCAAGCAUCAUUCGAGAGAAAAAUCACACAUCUUCAAGAUUCAUUACAAAAUCAACGCGAACGUUCGCUAGCGGUAAUGGAUGAGAAAGAGGAAGAAAUUAGAACUCUUCGAACCUCUCUUGAAAUACUUUCAAUUUCUUCGGCUUCUGCUACAAAAGAGUUUCAUAACGAUACGAUAGGCAAUCUACUAGUUGAUCGUUCGGAUAGUAAUGCCGAACCAUCAUUGAUGAUGGUAACAUCGCUUCAAUCGUUAUCUGAGGAUCAUCAGCAUUUGAUUCACUAUGCACAAGAAAUUGCACGAAUGAAUCUAGAGAUCAGUGCUCUAAGAACUUCAAAAACUCGUCAGAAGCCUCGUUGCGCAAACUUGCCCAAGAAAAGGUAA